AGUGGGCGCUGUGCGGAUGGGUUGAAAUGCUACAGCUGCACUGCGAGCAGUUAUUUUAGAUUUUUCACCCUCAGCUUUCUUGUUUACCAGUGGGCUAUAUUAUUUACGUCACGUAUACCUCAAUAAGUUGGCGCUUUUAUCUCGUUUCACAGGUAGUACUGUAAAAUAGACAGUUAACAACAAAUACUAGCCGAUCCAGAUUAGGCCUUUGGAGCCUCGGCCUUUCGUUGAGGCUCCCACCGCCAUGGAACUCCUUGCUUUCCAGCUGCCUGUGACAGUUAACAAUAGGUAUCACACUAUAAGAAAAGUGUGUGUUUGGUGGGAAUACUGAGUCCAUCUCUAGCUGCCCGCCCUUGACAUUCAGCUGAGCAGCUGUUGCUGCUGGCUGCACAUUUUUGAACUCUUCAUUACAAUCAACUGACUGCCCAUUUGGAGUGGAGCAGCCCGGCUCCUGCUGUCCAGUUUGCUUUUGAGAUUGCACCAGGCUGUGAAACAGAACACCGGAGUAUCGCCAGCGUCAACGUCAAAAUGGCUUCGGUUCCUGUGUACUGCCUGUGUCGGCUUCCCUAUGACGUCACCCGCUUCAUGAUCGAGUGUGAUGUUUGUCAAGACUGGUUCCAUGGAAGCUGUGUUGGAGUGGAGGAGGACAAGGCAGCCGAGAUUGAUCUGUAUCACUGUCCUAACUGUCAAGUCACACAUGGACCCUCAGUCAUGCGUAAGAGACGAGGGGCACAUAAGUCAGAGAGCAGCAGCGUCAUGAAAGACCCCAGCCGACCGGUGAAGACAGGCAGCGCUCAGUUUGUACGGGAGUUACGGAGUCGCACGUUUCCCAGUGCGGAUGAGAUCCUGCUGAAGCCGACGGGAGCCCAGCUGACGGUGGAGUUCCUGGAGGAGCACUCCUUCAGCGUGCCCGUCAUGGUGCUGCGAAGGGACGGCCUGGGCAUGAGCCUGCCUCCCUCCUCCUUCUCCGUCACAGACGUAGAGCACUAUAUUGGUGGAGACAAAGAGAUUGAUGUCAUUGAUGUGAAUCGGCAAGCCGACCUGAAGAUGAGGCUAGGGGACUUUGUGGAAUACUACAACAGCCCCAACAGAGACCGAGUGCUCAAUGUCAUAAGCCUAGAGUUUUCAGAAACCAAGUUGUCGAACCUGGUGGAGACUCCAAAGAUCGUGCGUAAACUGUCGUGGGUUGAGAACCUGUGGCCAGAGGAGUCUGUGUUUGAGCGGCCGAACGUGCAGAAGUACUGUCUCAUGGGCGUCAAGGACAGCUACACAGACUUCCACAUCGACUUUGGGGGAACCUCCGUCUGGUAUCACGUACUACGAGGUGAGAAAAUCUUCUACCUGAUCCGUCCCACCCCUGCUAACCUGGCCCUGUUCGAGCGCUGGAGCUCUUCGUCCAAUCAGAACGAGAUGUUCUUCGGGGAUCAAGCGGACAUGUGCUACAAGUGUUCAGUCAAGCAGGGCAACACUCUCUUCAUUCCCACAGGAUGGAUCCAUUCUGUUCUGACGCCUGUUGACUGCCUGGCCUUCGGAGGAAACUUCCUGCACAGUCUCAGCAUCGACAUGCAGCUGCGAGCUUAUGAAAUUGAGAAGCGGCUCAGCACAGCUGAUCUCUUCAGGUUUCCCAACUUUGAGACAGUGUGCUGGUAUGUCGGCAAACAUCUACUGGACACAUUCAGAGGGUUGAGAGAGAAUAGGCGGCAUCCUGCCAGUUAUCUGGUACAUGGCGCAAAAUCUUUAAACAAUGCCUUCCGCACAUGGACUCGCAAAGAGUCGCUGGCGGAACACGAAGUAGAAAUCCCAGAGACCAUCAAGACGCCACAGCUGGUGAAAGAUUUGGCUAAAGAGAUCCGACUAGUUGAGGACAUCUUCCAGCAGGGCAUAGGCCGAGGCGGCGCCCCGUUCCCCAGCGGGCCCGGCUUCCCGUCCCCCCACCCCAAGGCCCAGAUGUCCUCCUCGCAGCUGGGGGUCAUGGGGGGGAAGCCCCCAGGCAAGAAGAGGGGGCCCAAGCCUAAAGACAUGGCUCUGGCCAUGGGAGCCGGCGGAGGUCUGGGGCUGAUGGGCAUGGGAAUGGGAAUGGGGUCGUCGUCGUCGUCGUCAUCCCCGGGCCCCAAGAAGAAGAGCCUGAAGAAGGAGAUCAAGACGGAGGCCGGAGAGCUGGACCUCCUGGAGAUACACACCAAGCACACGCUCAAGAAGUUCCAGCCGGGCAACAAGGCCAAGAGCAAGACCAAGCUGGAGAUGGGCUUGGGCUGUCUGGAUGACUUCGAGGGGAAGCCCAACAAGAGCAAGCUGAAGCUGGUCCUGACCAAUGGCAAGAUACAAGGUAAGAAGGGUGGCCAGAGCUCCAACGGUGAUGGCCGCAUGUCCCAGUUCCAGCCGCUGCUGCCUAGCUCCGCCCUCUCUGAUGACGACGAUGACGACGACCUGGAUUCAGAAGACGAGCUGCAGAUCGAUGAGUCCCCGCCCCCACGUCGCAGGGCCACGCCCAACAAGAAGAAACUCAUGGCUGUGAGUCUGCCCAGGAAGCUGCCGAGAGCCAAGCCCUGCUCAGACCCACAUCGCAUCAGGGAGCCGGGAGAGGUGGACUUUGAUAUCGAGGAGGACUACACCACAGAUGAGGAGACCCUGACCAUGCAGGCGGUGAAGGGUGGAGCUGGGGGAAUCCUGGACCUGCUCAAGGCCAGCAAGCAGGUGGCCGGCCUGGACUCAGCUCUCAGCGAGGAAGCCCCAGCUUCCCCCAGCACGCGAGACGCCAUCCAGGGCAUGUUGUCCAUGGCCAACCCCCCGUCCUCUUCAUCCUCCUCCUCCUCUUCCUCCUCGUCCCCCCUCUCAGUGUCGGGCGGGACCCCCGAGGGUCACCACCUGAUGAAGGAGAAGGGGCGGGCCACCUGGGUGACGGGCGGCCCCAAGAGGACCAAUGAGAAGAAGCCGGUGGUGCAACGGCCGGGGAAGCGGGCAAUCAAACGGCCCGCUCGACACCUGAGCGACGACGACAGCCCUGAUGAACAAGAGACCCUGGGGACGUGCUUCAAGGACUCGGAAUAUGUGUACCCGUCCCUGGAGUCUGACGAGGAGGACCACGCCAACAAGGCCAAGAUGAAGAGGAAGAGGAACUGGGACGACACACCCUGGAGCCCUAAAGCCCGUGUGCAGCCCACACUGCCCAAGCAGGAGCGGCCGGUGAGGGAGGGCGUGAGGGUGGCAUCAGUGGAGACAGGACUGGCUGCCGCCGCAGCCAAGCUCGCACAACAGGAGCACCAGAAGACCACCAAGAGGAAGUACACCAAGAAGCCCAAGCCCUCCGCCCCGCCUGCCCCCCCACCCCAGCAGCAGCAGCAGCAGCAGCCGCCCCAGGCCGAACAGGGCCCUCCCUCCCCCCUCAUGCCCAGCGAGCCUCAGCCCCACCACCAGCAUCAGCCACCCCAGGUGGAUCGAGAGCAGGAGGAGAGGCGGAUGGAGAUCUAUUCCGCAAGUCUACUGGACCACGAGUACACGGCAGGGCCUGGUCCCUUCGGCCCCGGGGGGCCGCGAGGCAGCGCCGCCAUGGCACCAGGAGUCUUCUUAACGUCCCGGAGGCCCUCGCUGUCGCCCCAGAACAGCAGCGGGUACUCGCCCUCUGCACCGUCCCCCGCAGGACAAACCAGCCCGGGCUCCUCGGGAGGAGGAGGAGGAGGAGGAGGGAGACGUCCAAAGAAAGGCCUGGCCACAGCCAAGCAGAGGCUAGGGAAGAUCCUGAAAAUCCACCGCAAUGGCAAACUGCUCCUGUGAGAGGAGCACAGACUAGAGAGAGGGAAGAGGGAACCAGAGGGGAUGAUGGGAAGAGAGAGAGAGAUGCAAGACUGGGAGGAGGGAGAGAGAAAGGGGUGUGUGGCGAGGAGAGGUACAAGAGAUGGCACUGAAGAACGAGACACUUGGGUUUUUUUUUUUACUUUUCUUAAAGCAGUGAUGCCCUGGUCCAUGCCAUCUUUGGUCAACAAAAAAACAUUGUUUGUACUAUGAAAGCCUGGUUUUAAAAAGGAAAAAGAAAAAGGAAACAAAAAAGUACAUUAUUUUACUCCAAGACCCUGGUUUUGGAAAGAAAACAUGAAAAGGACAUUGUUUUACUCCAAAAGCCUAGUUUUAAUAAAAAGGAAAAGAAAACGAAACACCCUAUUUUACACCAAGCGACCACAUUUGAAAAAGGAAAAGAAAAGAAAAAAGACAUUAUCUCACACCAGGAAACCAGGAUUUAAAAAAGAAAGAAAACAAGAAAACUUCCAAAAAAAAGCGGUAUGGUCCAGCAUUGAGGAGAGAGGACGGACGCCACACAGGCUGGUGAUGAGGUGCAUGGGCAGUUUGCAGCGCAGUGACAGAGAAAGAAAGACUGAGUGACCGACUGACUGACUGAUGUGUCCCGUGUCUGUACAUUUGUAUGUUAUCCUUCAUUUCCCCCAAAACUUCCUGUUCACAUGUCUUUUUUUUGCUUUGAUCCAUGGGUGUGUGGUGAUACAAUGAGGUGCCGUAGCAGAUGUGGUUUGGUUAGGGUCUCUAUGUUGAUGGCAUGGGCUUCAUAGGAGAGCUUAAUGUAAUGCUUUUUGUAACGUGUUGGGGGUGCAUGAUGAUUAAACUCAUUGUGUGAAGUGUGUGAAUGUGCGUGUGUGCGUGUUUGUUACGAGUGUACGCAACCAUGUGCGCGUAUAUGCGUGGUAUGCUCCUUUACACCUAGCCACUUGUAAUUCUUUUAAUAUGCGUCACAAUUUUAUAACACACCUUUUACUGAGGGACUUCAAUGCUCACAAGGGAAAACAAACUGACUGUUUCAAAGUACGUAACUGACAAAAGUCCUUCCAUAGGAACAAUUCCUCACACCCCCACAUUGCAGAUGCUUGUACAGUGAAUAACCUGUUUGUGUAGCAUUGUCCUCGCAAGGAGGUCUAGUCUGUGUGCUCUACAUUUUGCUGUUUUUGUAUUGUUUUUUUAUCAACACGUAUAUCCUCAUGAUGUCGCUUUCGUAUAACUGCAGCGCCCCCACCCCCAACUUUAUCUUUCUACUGAAUGAUGCUUGUAUGAUUUGAUUUGUAUUAUAAUGUUGUGUUUUGUAUCCAUAUACCUACUACCUUGACCCACGUUUUACCUGUAGAUAUCCACACCUGUGUAUGCUUUGCAGACCUAGUUAUUAUUAAUCUGGCACUGCAGUCUUCUUAACUCGUGUGGUGUGUGUGUGUGCGUGCGUGCGUGCGUGCGUGCGUGCCUGCGUGCGUGCCUGCGUGCGUGCGUGCGUGCGUGCGUGUGUGGGGCUAGCUCAAGAUCUUGUUUGCUUUCACGUAAUAGUGUAGCCUGGUUCACUGCUCGCGUUCACAUGUUCCGUGAGUGGAUGAUGGCUGUGCUUCAGAUGGAAAACAAUGGUGACGGUCAAGGAUGCUCAUGAAAUCCUUUGUAUAUAAUUGUUCUUAUAUUGAUUUCAUAGUUUCAAGGAGUUUUCUUCUUUUUUUUUUCGCAUAAAAAAAACUUUUUGGAUAUGAAUUCUGUAAAAAAAAAAAUGCAUAAAUGUUUGGGAAAUGUAAGAAAUAGUUGUUUAGUUGCUAUUAUUAUUUGUAUGUGGUAAUUAUUACUUUUAGUUGGACUUGUUUAUUAGUAAUGUAACAUUGACGUUAAUGUAUUCAAAAGCUCAGUCCUUUGCUACUGUUCAUUCUGCUAUAUUUUCUUUUAGUAAUUAAUAUGAAUAACUGUUGUCAAUAUAUUUGUUGGGUAUUUUUUUAAAAGAUAUUUGGUCCAGAUGGCUUAAAUAUAACAUUUUUAAACAAAAUAAUUUAUGAUUAUGGCUCUCCCAUUAUAUUUUUAGAUAUUGUCAUGUUAAACAACAACCCAUAGCCCUUUCAACAUGUUUUUUUUUCUUUUAGUAAUUAUAGCAGAAGUGAGAAACUUUUCACAAUAUGAAUGUCAUUGUUAUUUCUGCUAUAGCAACCGCUAUAUAUUCAAACUUAUGGCAAGACACUUUUUUUUAAACAAUUGUGUCAGUAGUGGAUUUCAAAUGACAGCAUUGCUUCUUGUGAUCCAAACCCUGGCUUCAUGUGGCACAAGUGUAGUAUGUGAUAUGAUUACACCCUUCUUUCAUUCAUUCAUGCUCCUAUGAUAUGAAAGUUGAGCAGAAAAGUAAAGUACCCCACCCAUAAUCAAGUGUAGCAAAUGGAAAUUCUCAUAAUUUUGAUGCUGCCAGCAUUUAGGCAGAAUUCCUCUAUCCAUAUACAUAAAUCCAUAAAGAAAAAGAAAUUCAAUAAGAAGAUGAUAUUUGGCACAAUUUAUGUAUGUUUGUCUAUUUGUUUAUUUUACUCUCCAUCGUCAAUUUGUUGUAUCAGUAAACCCAUGUAUCAGUCUGGCCAGUUGUCACACAAUUGUCAUGCUCUCAAAAUUCAGUAAUACAUUGACAUGAAAAUGUCACGAUUGUGUACUAAAAAUCAUGUAAAAAAAAAAAAAACUCAUUACCAUCCCAACGUCAGUGUAGCAUAGUCAUUCAAUCUUCCAAUUUUGCUUUAAAUGCCAUGUUUUUCUUUCGAGUUAUUCCUGUUUGUAAAAAAAAAAAACCUGAAUUAAUGUAGAUAUGUUUCAUAUUUUUCCUUUCUGAUUUUGUUCAGGUUUCAUUGUCAUGCAUUUGACUGUUCAUGUUCUCUGAGUUCUUUUUUGUUUGUUUAUAAUAUAAAUUAGUGUGGUUCACACAAUUCCUCUCAGGGUUUAUUUUAUAUCGAUUAUAAAUCUGUUGUUAAUACAUUAAUGAACACAGACAGAUGUCAGUCACUCUUUUCACUCCAAAAUCUGCUUUGGCAUAUCACUCAAAAAGAGUAUGUCCUCAUCCCCUGGUUUUUUGGAACUUUAGAAUGGAUUUUUCAAUUACACUCAAUUAAAGCAUAUUUUUUAAA